UUGGCUGACUCUGCCUAGUCCGAAUCGCACGGCCGAGCGGUGAUGUUUGAAGAACAUCGAGGGAAUAUUCAGAUGGGUUCCCUCUAGACAACACUGAGCGGUUACAUUUACAACCGCGAUAAGAUGGGUCUGGCAGAAACUUACCACAGGAUUUUCGACGAAUUGUCGGAUCCUCGUCUGAAGGAUUGGAGCUUAAUGAGCAGUCCUGCUUAUCCGCUAUGGCUAUCCAUCGUGUAUCUAUUCCUAGUAUUGGUGGCUGGGCCAAGAUACAUGAAAAAUCGGCCGGCAUACAAGCUCAAUACUUUCACUUUUUAUUACAACAUUUUUCAAGUGUUUGCUUGUAUCUUUAUACUACAUGGGUGUUUAAACAGUGGGUGGCUCACAACUUACAACUGGCUAUGUCAGCCUGUUGAUUACUCAGACAGCCCUGAAGCCAUGAAGAUGCUGACAUUUUCUUGGCUGACAACAUGGCUGAAAUUGAUAGAGUUUGUAGAAACAAUUGUAUUUGUACUAAGGAAAAAGGAUAGACAGGUAUCUGUUCUGCAUCUCUAUCACCAUGUAUCUACUCUUUGGGUAGCUUGGACAAUAACUAAGUUUCAGGGAGGUGGUUCUAUGUCAUUCCCAAUUCUACCAAACAGUAUUGUGCACAUUGUAAUGUACACAUACUAUCUACUUACAAUAAACAAAAACCCAAGGCUCCAGAAAAUCUUGCGAACAAUCAAGCCUUACAUAACAAUAAUGCAAAUGAUUCAAUUCUGCAUCAUAAUUUUUAUGGUAUUAAUGUUAUUACUACCAGACUGUCCCAUACCUAUUUACUUUCCCAUGCUUUUCCUUCCAAACAUCUUUCUCAUUUUCUACAUGUUUUAUGACUUUUACAACAAAAAUUUUACAAAACCCCAACAACAAAAAGUUAAGUAAGUGAGAUGCCACAGAAACUACACCUCUUAUU